UCCAGCUGCUGGGCAAUCAGUGUAGUAGCUGAGCUCGGACUACAUUUCCCAGAAGCCUCGUGGCUUCGGCUUUGUUUUCCUGCUCUGGGGGUUCAGGGGGCAGCUGGACCGCUAUAGCCUGACACUGCUGGGGAGCCUGUAGGUUUCCGGGCCAAACCCCCUACGAGGCAAAUGGUUCCCGCCUGGCCACUGGCGGACUGAACAGGGGCUAUCCUGGCAGGGUGGCGGCCAGCUGUGGCGCGGUGCACCGGCGACCAGGGGUGCGUUGUCGCCCGGUCCUGCUGCUGAAUGUCCGUCCCGGAGGAUGAUAAGAGGCUCCUGCCGCUCGCCCAGAGAUGGCCCCGAGCGAGCAAGUUCCUACUGUCCGGCUGCGCGGCUACCGUGGCCGAGCUAGCAACGUUUCCCCUCGAUCUCACAAAAACUCGACUCCAGAUGCAAGGAGAAGCUGCUCUUGCUCGGCUGGGAGAGGGUGCAAGAGAAUCUACUCCCUAUAGGGGCAUGAUACGCACAGCCCUAGGGAUCAUCCAAGAAGAAGGCUUUCUAAAGCUGUGGCAAGGAGUGACACCCGCCAUUUACAGACACCUAGGUAUUUAUCUUGAUUCCAGCCGGUAAGUUUGUUAUGAGUUCUGUGGAGAAUCCAUUCUAGGAAGAUCAGAAACAUUUCCUUUUACAAUCAGGAAAUCAGUCAUUGGAGGAAUGAUGGCUGGUGUCAUUGGCCAGUUUUUAGCCAACCCAACUGAUUUAGUGAAGGUUCAGAUGCAAAUGGAAGGAAAAAGGAAACUUGAAGGAAAACCACUGAGAUUCCGAGGCGUGCAUCAUGCAUUUGCAAAAAUCUUAGCUGAAGGAGGAAUACGUGGGCUUUGGGCAGGCUGGGUGCCCAAUAUACAAAGAGCAGCACUGGUGAAUAUGGGAGAUUUAACCACUUAUGAUACAGUGAAACACUACUUGGUAUUGAAUACACCUCUUGAGGACAAUAUCAUGACUCAUGGUUUGUCAAGUUUAUGUUCUGGACUAGUAGCUUCUAUUCUGGGAACACCAGCUGAUGUCAUCAAAAGCCGAAUAAUGAAUCAACCGCGAGAUAAACUGGGAAGGGGACUUUUGUAUAAAUCAUCAACAGACUGCUUGAUUCAGGCUGUUCAAGGGGAAGGAUUCAUGAGUCUAUAUAAAGGCUUUUUACCAUCUUGGCUGAGAAUGACCCCUUGGUCACUGGUGUUCUGGCUUACUUAUGAAAAAAUCAGAGAGAUGAGUGGAGUCAGUCCAUUUUAAUCCCUUAAAGAUACAGUGAUCAAUAUUGUUGAAAUAUGGGCAUCUGCAACACACACCCCCUAUUAUUUCUACCUCUUUAGGAAGACAACUGAAUCCACACGGAAACUGUGAUUUAUAGGGGGCAGCACUUUAUUUUUCUCUGGAAACUUGAGUUCCUCUUUGGCUCCUCUUUUUGUCCAAAAGUGAUCUGGUCAGAUCUCACAAGUCCGCCUAAUGAGACCCAGCACAGCAUUUUCUAAAGAAGAAUUGAACCCUGACCACUUUCAUCUUGGGCGAGAAGGUUUGGCCUUUGAGAGGCUAUUCUGUGCUGAAGAGCCUGCUUAGAGGAGGCAUGCCAGGCGGGAGCCAGCAUCUCAGAUCUGAAGUAGACCAUAGGAAUAUGGAAGACUGUAUCCAGAGUGCUUAAGGAAUACAUUCAAGCUGUUCACGUCAGCAUUAUAAUUGACAGUUCAUUUUGCUGCUGCUGUUGAAAGUGUACAUAUUGUAAAUUAAGGGGAGGCGAGUGGAAAUUCACGAAUAUACAUUUUGAGUUUCCCUAGUGU